AGAGCUUUAGUGACAGUGGUCAGCUUAGGGUACAUCAAAAGACACACACUGGUGAGAAACCACAUAAAUGCAUGGAAUGUGGAAAGAGCUUUAGUGACAGUGGUCAGCUUAGGGUACAUCAAAAGACACACACUGGUGAGAAACCACAUAAAUGCAUGGAAUGUGGAAAGAGCUUUAGUGACAGUGGUCAGCUUAGGGUACAUCAAAAGACACACACUGGUGAGAAACCACAUAAAUGCAUGGAAUGUGGAAAGAGCUUUAGUGACAGUGGUCAGCUUAGGGUACAUCAAAAGACACACACUGGUGAGAAACCACAUAAAUGCAUGGAAUGUGGAAAGAGCUUUAGUGACAGUGGUCAGCUUAGGGUACAUCAAAAGACACACACUGGUGAGAAACCACAUAAAUGCAUGGAAUGUGGAAAGAGCUUUAGUGACAGUGGUCAGCUUAGGGUACAUCAAAAGACACACACUGGUGAGAAACCACAUAAAUGCAUGGAAUGUGGAAAGAGCUUUAGUGACAGUGGUCAGCUUAGGGUACAUCAAAAGACACACACUGGUGAGAAACCACAUAAAUGCAUGGAAUGUGGAAAGAGCUUUAGUGACAGUGGUCAGCUUAGGGUACAUCAAAAGACACACACUGGUGAGAAACCACAUAAAUGCAUGGAAUGUGGAAAGAGCUUUAGUGACAGUGGUCAGCUUAGGGUACAUCAAAAGACACACACUGGUGAGAAACCACAUAAAUGCAUGGAAUGUGGAAAGAGCUUUAGUGACAGUGGUCAGCUUAGGGUACAUCAAAAGACACACACUGGUGAGAAACCACAUAAAUGCAUGGAAUGUGGAAAGAGCUUUAGUGACAGUGGUCAGCUUAGGGUACAUCAAAAGACACACACUGGUGAGAAACCACAUAAAUGCAUGGAAUGUGGAAAGAGCUUUAGUGACAGUGGUCAGCUUAGGGUACAUCAAAAGACACACACUGGUGAGAAACCACAUAAAUGCAUGGAAUGUGGAAAGAGCUUCAGUCGCAGUGGUAAGCUUAGGUUACAUCAAAGGACACAUACUGGGAAGAAACCACAUAAAUGAAUGGAAUAUGGAAAGACCUUUAGUCGCUGUGAUGCCCUUAGAUUACAGUGGUGCCCCGAUAGAUGACGGCCUCGCUGAACGACAAAACCGCAUGAUGAUGACUUCUUGUGAUCGCUAUAGCGAUUCGCAAAACAGUCAUUUUAUGGGGGAUUUUCAUUUCAGAAUGAUUUGGUCUGUGCUUCGCGGGCCGUUUGUUCACAAGAUGACGAUUCUGACAGCUUCUCAAAAUGGCGUCCCUUCGCAAAAUGGAUGGCUUCCCUUCGCAAAAUGGGUGUUUUGGGGACAGAAGCUUUGCAAGACAGCGAUUU